AUUUUGUUGGACAGUGAAGGCGGUGAAACUCUCCACAUGGCAGUCCACUUUUUUGGUAGUUUUGGGUCCUCCGAUUUUGGAAGAGCUACGAUCCUCCCCCUUACAUACGGAGAAAUCAGAAGAAUUCUUUCUCUCCCUGAAAAAGAAAGACCAAAAUGUUGAGAGUUGCCAGCAGGAGGCUCUCUUCUCUGACAUCGUCCUCUUCAUUGUGGAGGCCAAACCAGGUGGCCUCCGCCGUCGUCACUUCCAAUCCGAUCAACCCUGAUGAGCAGCCGAAGCCCACCCGUUUCUCCGAUUCAUUUUCGUUCGCUUCCCAAUUUCAUCUUCCUUUUAGAGGUUUUGCUUCUGAGUCUCUCACCCCAAGGAAUGAAAGCGGCGUAAUUCCUGAUGCUCCGCCAACUGUGGCAGCUGUUAAGAACCCGACUCCGAAGAUAGUUUAUGAUGAGCACAACCAUGAGCGUUACCCUCCAGGUGAUCCCAGCAAGCGGGCAUUUGCCUAUUUUGUCCUGACCGGUGGUAGGUUUGUGUAUGCUUCAUUGAUUCGUCUCCUGAUUCUCAAGUUUGUGCUUAGUAUGUCAGCCAGUAAGGAUGUCCUUGCUAUGGCCUCUGUUGAGGUUGAUCUCUCCGGUAUUGAGUCUGGCAACACAGUGACUAUCAAGUGGCGUGGAAAGCCAGUUUUCAUCAGGCGCCGAACUGAGGAGGAUAUCAAGUCGGCAAACAGUGUGGACCUGGCAUCUCUUCGUGACCCACAGGAGGAUUCAGAAAGGGUCAAAAACCCAGAGUGGCUCAUUGUUGUCGGGGUUUGCACACAUCUGGGUUGCAUCCCCUUACCAAAUGCUGGUGAUUUUGGUGGGUGGUUUUGCCCCUGCCAUGGUUCCCAUUAUGAUGUCUCUGGCAGGAUUCGAAAGGGGCCAGCACCUUACAAUCUGGAGGUACCCACUUACUCUUUCCUGGAUGAGAACAAAUUACUUGUUGGUUAAGAAGCAAUGGGACCUCUUUAGGUCGAUAGUGGCUAUUCCACAUCUCAGUGUUUUUUUUCCUCAACCCAAAAAAAAAAAUAAAAUAAAAUAAAAAAAUCAAAGGAUGUUCAAAACUUGUUCCAAAUAUCUCUGUUUAUCUUUGUUUUCCACUCCAUCCCUUUUUGGCACUUGUAGUAUCGGUUAUGUAACUUAAGACAUUGUAACCCGCUGCCCCUGUUGGUGUUGAUCUGGAUUUCUGAAUAAGUUGCUUUGGUGUUUGUUCUUGAAUCUGACUGAUUCCAGGAGGCUGCUAAAAAUAUAUUCAAUAGUGUAUGUUAUGGUGUUA